AAUAGCAGCUCCCUCCAAGAUGGCGGCGGCGACGGCAGACCCGGGAGCUGGGAACCCACAGGCUGGGGACUCCUCCGGUGGGGACUCGGGGGGCGGGCUACCGUCACCUGGAGAGCAGGAACUGAGUCGGCGCCUGCAGCGCUUGUACCCUGCGGUUAAUCAGCACGAGACGCCGCUGCCACGCUCCUGGAGCCCCAAGGACAAGUACAACUACAUCGGCCUCUCCCAGGGAAACCUCCGUGUCCAUUACAAAGGUCAUGGCAAAAAUCACAAAGAUGCAGCCUCUGUACGGGCCACCCACCCCAUCCCAGCAGCCUGUGGUAUUUACUAUUUUGAAGUAAAGAUUGUCAGCAAAGGAAGAGAUGGGUACAUGGGAAUUGGACUCUCAGCGCAAGGUGUUAACAUGAACAGACUGCCUGGUUGGGACAAACAUUCCUAUGGUUACCAUGGCGAUGAUGGGCAUUCCUUCUGCUCCUCGGGGACAGGCCAGCCUUAUGGUCCCACAUUCACCACAGGGGAUGUGAUCGGCUGUUGUGUCAACCUCAUCAAUGGCACCUGCUUCUACACCAAGAAUGGCCACAGCCUUGGUAUCGCCUUCACAGAUCUCCCGGCCAACCUCUACCCCACCGUAGGCCUACAGACACCUGGGGAGAUUGUGGAUGCCAACUUUGGGCAGCAGCCCUUCCUGUUCGACAUUGAGGACUAUAUGCGGGAGUGGCGUGCCAAAGUCCAGGGCACUGUGCACGGCUUUCCCAUCAGUGCCCGGCUUGGCGAGUGGCAGGCAGUGCUGCAGAACAUGGUCUCGUCUUACCUGGUCCAUCAUGGGUAUUGUGCCACAGCUACAGCUUUUGCCCGAAUGACUGAAACCCCGAUUCAGGAAGAGCAGGCAUCCAUAAAGAACAGACAAAAAAUCCAGAAGCUGGUGCUGGAAGGCCGGGUGGGUGAAGCCAUUGAGACAACCCAGCGGUUCUAUCCUGGGCUGCUGGAGCACAACCCCAACCUGCUUUUCAUGCUCAAGUGUCGACAGUUCGUGGAGAUGGUGAAUGGCACCGACAGUGAGGUCCGCAGCUUGAGCUCCCGAAGCCCCAAGUCUCAGGACAGCUACCCUGGCUCCCCCAACCUCAGCCCCCGACAUGGCCCCAGUAGUUCCCAUAUACACAGCACAGGAGCAGACAGUCCCAGCUGCAGCAAUGGCAUCGCGUCCACCAAGAACAAACAGAACCACAGUAAAUACCCCGCACCCAGCUCCUCCUCCUCGUCCUCAUCCUCCUCGUCCUCCUCUUCCCCGUCCUCCGUCAAUUACUCCGAGUCCAACUCAACAGACUCGACCAAGUCCCAGCCCCACAGCAGUACCAGUAACCAGGAGACCAGUGACAGCGAGAUGGAGAUGGAGGCAGAGCACUAUCCCAAUGGUGUGCUGGAAAGCGUAUCCACACGCAUCGUCAAUGGGGCCUAUAAGCACGACGACCUGCAGACAGAUGAGUCCAGCAUGGACGAUGGGCGUCCACGGCGGCAGCUCUGCGGGGGCAACCAGGCUGCCACAGAAAGGAUCAUCCUGUUUGGUCGAGAGUUGCAGGCAUUGAGUGAGCAGCUGGGCCGAGAGUACGGCAAGAACUUGGCCCACACAGAGAUGCUUCAGGAUGCCUUUAGCCUCCUAGCAUACUCAGACCCCUGGAGCUGCCCAGUUGGUCAUCAGCUUGAUCCCAUCCAGAGGGAGCCCGUGUGUGCUGCUCUCAACAGCGCCAUUUUAGAGUCUCAGAACCUGCCAAAGCAGCCUCCUCUGAUGCUUGCCCUGGGCCAGGCAUCUGAAUGUCUACGGCUCAUGGCCCGAGCAGGCCUGGGCUCUUGCUCCUUUGCCAGAGUUGAUGACUACUUGCACUAGCAGACCUUCUUGGCCGGCUCUGUCUGGCCCUCCUUCAGCCCUAGGGCUGGAGCAACCCUAUCCUCCAUAGGCAUCUGGUACAGAGACCUGGAAGCCAUGGGCAGCCACUCUUCUACCUGGCCGGUCCAUCCUCCCUCCCUC